GAUAAAAGUUAAGGACCUACAAGCACAGCAAUUUUUUUAGUGUGGGCCUAUUUCUACUUGUAAUAGGUCUGGAUGUAAUGAGGGAGUGUUGUGGCAUAUACAACGAGUACCACGAGUACUACUACUAUACAACCGACACAUGAUAACACACAUGACGAGACUAGGGAGAAACCAUGCAAGAGUUACCAGGCCAAGAUUAUUAUAUACGGCACUAUGGAUCAGUGAAUAUUACAAAAAGGCUCAACAACAGUUGCCGAGACUGCAUUGAUAGUGUGGGCCUAUUUCUACUUGUAAUAUGUCUGGAUGUUAUGAGGGAGUGUUGUGGCAUAUACAACUAGUACCACGAGUACUACUACUACAUGUAUACAACGGACACAUGAUAACACACAGGACGAGACUAGGGAGAAAUCAUGCAAGAGUUACCAGGCCAAGAUGGGGGUCUUUACGGGUGGGUUGCAGUCUUGACAGCGUGGACUGUCAGUUUAAUCUGGACGGGUUUCUUUAAAGGACUUGGGAUAAUGUUUCCAACUUUGCAGGAGCAGUUUGGAACAACUACGGCACUCACUGGUUGGGUAAUUGCAGCAAUUGGCAUCACAACGGGAGUGACAGCCCCCUUUGCCAGGCUAGUUGGCCGACGAUUUGGGACCGGUGUCUCAAUUAUGAUGUGUGGGUUCAUGGUCGGUGCUGCGUGUGUUGCCGGAUCGUUUUCAUCUAGCAUUGUCCAGCUCGCUUUGAUAUUAAUGGUGUUUGCAAGUUCUGGACUUGGAGUAUCACAAGUUCUCUCCAAAGCAGCAAUUGCUCAUCGGUUUCAAACAAAUUUUGCAACAGCCGUCGGAGUUUCUAAAACAGGAGGUUCCAUAAGUUUACUUUUAUUUGCACCUCUGACACAACUCUUCCUGGAUACGUACGGCUGGAGUGGCACCUUGUUGCUCAUUGGAGCAAUCUCGUUUCAUAUUACCGUAUGUGGCGCCCUCAUGGUCGUUGUUGAUAAGAGGAGGACAUCUUUCGUGAGAAAUUAUCACAAGAUUGAACAAGAAGAAAAUCAAUCUGGGCAAGAAACCAACCACCGAUGUAGCACAUUGUGGAAGUAUGUGGUCGACAGCUUGGAUAUGAAUCUACUUAGCAAUCCGCGUUAUUGGGCAGCAGCAGUUAUUUAUUGUUCUACCUUUGUAUCAAUCGAUAUGUGGACACUUUUCUUCGUGUCGAUGGCUCAAUCGAAAGGAUUCUCUCCCGAAGAUGCGGCGAUAUUUGUCACCGUUGCGGGCGUAGGUAGCUUGUUGUCAAAACUGAUUCAAGGAUUCAUCGUAGACCGUGUAUUAAAGUCUUAUUCGGGUUUUAUGUUUGUUAUGUUAGUCACAUCAUCUUCUAUGUUCUGCGCAACUCCGUGGCUUGACACUUAUUGGCUCAUGAUGAUGUCAUCUUUCUCUGUUUUGUUUUGCCUUGGUGCCCUCACUUGUCUUCAGGAUCUUCUAUUCAAACAAGUCAUUGGUGUAGAGAGGAUGGUCGGUGUAUAUGGCUGGUUGGGGGUAAAGACAGGAGCUCUACGCUUAGCCAUUGAAUUUCUUCCAGGAUUCUUCUAUGACCUUAGCGGCAACUUCAAUGGAGCAUUUAUCUUCAUUGGUGCUGUGCAGUCUCUGGGUAUGGUUCCUCUGCUAGUGCUCAUGUACUUAAAGAUCGUCCAUUGACUGCACGCAGCUGGCCACUUAAAGAAGAGAGAAAUUGCUGUUGUAGGUGGUCUCCCAUCUUUUAAAAUAACUGAUGACCCAAAACUUGCUCCGUGAAAGUUUAGAAAUCGUUGUCGAAGAAAACACCGUUUUGUGUUUUUCACUGUUCUUGACAAAGUGUUUGCCCAACCCGGUGUGGCGGUUUCAACUUUCCGCCGUGUUCAGUUUUCCGAAUGACCAAAUACGGUAACAUCAC